CUGUGUGUUCACGUUGUUCUGCGUCUUAAAAGCUAGGCUUCGCUUCACCUAAAAGUUUAGAUCGGGGUGAAAGGGGAUCUAGCGAUGGCUGGCGAGGAAGAACAAAAGAGUGUAGUGGUGGAGGAGAAAAAGGAGGAGGAGGAGCUAUCGCCGAUCAUCCUCCAGGAAUGCGGCUACUACGACGUGGAGCAGCUCCACAAGGCGACGGGGCUGCUGCUCCUGACGCUGGCGGCGGCGUGCGUGGAGAAGACGAUUGGAGAUCCGUUCAAUCAGCCGGGCUCGGUGGUGGGCGACUUGAAGAGGGAGCUGAUCGAGAGCCUGGAGAGCCAGAGCCAGCAGUACGCGGGCGCGGCGCUGGGGAGCCUGAGCGAUCGCGUCCAGGCCCCAAAACCCAUGAAGAUCUUGCAGGGGUUCCUGGAUGGAUUCGUGCGCUCCAAGGCCAAUCUCCUGGCGCGCGUCUCCAGCCGGAUCCUCAGCAACGACAAGAAGGAGGACAAGAUCGAGGAGUUCGUGGGCGAGCUGGAUCGAUCGGGCGCCUGGAUGGUGGGGCGGCGCGAGAUGCUGGCCAGAUCGCUGCUGCGGCGCAUCGACCGGAGCAUGGUGGCGCACUGCGAGAUGAGGUUUGGGUCGAGCGAGGAGCUGGCGGCGCACAAGGCGCGCUGCGCGCUCCGCCCCACCACGUGUACCAACGAGGGCUGUACGGACGUCUACUCGGCGGUCCAGGGCGGCGGGCACGACGCCAGGUGUGCGUUCAAGGUGCUGACGUGCGAACAGGGGUGUGGCCAGAGCGUGGCCAGGGCUGACAUGGACAGGCACUGCGUGAGCGUGUGCCCCAUGAAGAUGGUGACGUGUCCGUUCCACCACGUUGGCUGCGUGGACCGGCUGCCACAGGGGACGGUGGAGGUACACUGCGCGGGGAAUGUGAGCAGCCAUUUGCUCGCGGUGCUUCAUGUUCUUCAGAGGCUUGAGGUUGGGAUCGCAUCGCAGUCACAGAGGAUCUCCAAUCUAGAGAAGGCGCUGUCUAAAGCCCAAGUUCCCAUGGAUGGCGAUGCUGCCAAAUUGGAGCUUGAGAAGAUUAAGGAAGAAUCAAGAACCCUAGAAAUCCCAGCAGUAGACGUUUCCAAGCUCACUGCGAACCAUUGAUCAUUCUUCUUUUAGAAUUGCAAGACGCGGGAAUGUCAAACAAUUUCUCGAAUAUUCUACGGGAAUAAACGAAUCUAUCUGAGCUAAAG